UUGUAUGCAAAAUUAGUGAGCCAAAAAACGGAUGAACUUAGAGCAAAAAUCACCAGAUUAGAAAAUGGUUUGGAAAAGCUCCGUAGCACAGCAUCUCAGGUAGACCAGCUUAAAGCUAAACUGGCCAUACAAGAAAUAGAAUUGCAACAAAAGAAUGAAGCUGCAGAUAAACUUAUAGAAAUGGUGGGCAUAGAGACUGCAAAAGUACAAAGUGAAAAAGCAUUAGCUGAUGAGGAGGAAGAAAGGGUUGCGGUAAUCGCCGAGGAAGUGUCUAAAAAGCAAAAAGAUUGUGAGGAAGAUCUUAUAAAGGCUGAACCGGCAUUGGUAGCUGCUCAAGAAGCUUUGAAUACUUUAAACAAAGCAAAUCUGACCGAAUUAAAGUCGUUUGGUUCUCCACCUGGAGCAGUAACGAAUGUAACGGCUGCUGUAAUGGUUUUGUUAGCUCCUGGUGGAAAAAUUCCAAAGGAUAGAAGUUGGAAAGCAGCCAAGAUUAUGAUGGCAAAAGUUGAUGUAUUUUUGGAACAAUUAAUCAAUUAUGAUAAGGAAAACAUUCAUCCUGAUGUUAUAAAGGCUAUACAACCAUAUUUAAAAGACUCCGAAUUUGAGCCAGAAUUCGUUAGAUCUAAAUCUGCUGCAGCCGCAGGACUUGCCUUAGCUGCUGCAAAUGCCGAAUUAGCAGCAGCCACUGAAAAAUUAAAAGCAAUCAAAUCUAAAGUUGCGUCUCUAGAAGAACAACUUGCUGCGCUAACAGCUGACUUCGAAAAAGCAAUAGCAGAGAAAUUAAAAUGCCAGCAAGAAGCAGACGCUACCAAUAGGACGAUUCAGCUCGCUAAUCGUCUUGUUAAUGGUUUGGCUAGUGAAAAUGUUAGAUGGGCCGAUUCAGUUUCUAUAUUUAUGCAACAAAGUUGGACUUUACUCCAUAAAAAUUGGCUUACCUUCCUGAAAACACUUGAACCUCCGAUACCGAUAACGGAAGGAAUUGAUCCACUGACAAUGCUAACAGAUGAUACAACCAUUGCUAUGUGGCACAACGAAGGACUGCCAUCCGAUCGUAUGAGUACUGAAAAUGCUACAAUUCUUUCGAACUCUGAUCGUUGGCCACUAAUGAUAGAUCCACAGUUACAAGGCGUGUAA